AUGCCGCUUACUUUUCAGUGGAAAGCUACGUUGUGGGGAUACGUCGACCAGCUUCGGAGCACCGUGUACUUCCUCCGUAUCCAAAAGUUUUCCAACCCUAUUCAGUCUCGAUGCGCUGCUGAGGAAGCCGCACGGGCACUCAUGUCCUUCAAAGAGUACGCGCGGCACGAGUACGAUGACUUGGCCCGCAUGGAGGUUAGCCUGGAAACCGAAUUAGAAGGUGACGAGCGCAAAGCAGAUUGCUGGAUUGAGAAACAGAUGUACGGUGCAUCAAAGGGACAAACUGAUGGAAAAAGGAUUUCGAUAACCCAGACGGCUCUUGUGGUCUCUGGUUCAACUGCAGAUCCCAGGCUUGCAGAACAAAGAUAUCGAGAGUCUCUAACUGCACUGAAGACUACGCUUGGAGCGCUUGAAUUGGAAAUGAUGAAAGGGGGCGGUCCGUCGGGCGGUUGGGACGCAACGGAUCACCAAGCGUUUGAGAGGAUACUCCAUAAUGCUGGGGGCCAGAUUGGAAGGAAGGGCCUUGUCAUCCGGGUGAAACGGGCACUGCCCCAUAUCUCGAAGGACAGUAUCGAUGCCCACCUGGUGUGGUACAACGAAUAUACAGAGCUCGCUACCCGGAAGCAAGAACUGAUGAAAAAGUAUAGAGACUUGAAGUCGGCGUAUGCUGUUGAGAAAGCCCAGCAACGCGAAACCGACGCGGUCGAAAGUCAACGCAUAAAGAAAGAAGCUGAGGGCCAGAGGAAACUGCGUGCCGUUCCGAUUUUCAAUAGCGGUGGAUGCGCCGUCGUCUUCUUUCCGAUGACAGAAGAAGAGGCGACGAAACAGCGCGAGAUGGAUGAGGAGCGCCAGGCCGAGAUUCAGCGGAAAGAAAGGCGACGUUUAAGGCGGAAACAGCUUCUGGAGGAACUGCGGAAAAAGAAGGAGCGUGAACUUCACUCUGCCAAGUCAGAAGUAUGCAGGCGCGCUGGCAACUUCCCCAUGAAUCCCACACUCACCAUACGUUGCGUUUCUUGCAGGAAGCAUGCUCGGAUUGUCGGGGGCCGACUAUCACACAGGAGCAGUUGGCCCGUAUUGCAGCGAGAAACAACGGGUGAGACGGAGACGGGAAACAUGUUCUUGCGGUAA